AUGCAGUACAAUGAUGACAAUAGUUCUGAGAGUGAUGGUGAGUACAUACCUGAUGUGGAGCAAGAGGUUGAUAAUGACAGUGAAGGUGAGGAAGGUGAUCCUGGUUUGGUGGAGGAGAAUGUGGAUGAGUUACUACAGCAGAAUUAUGUAGAUGGAGGUUGGGAACCAUUCAGGUCUAGUGAGAAGUAUGUUGAUGAGGAAGGGGCUCACAUGGGAAAGUUGCUUAAAAAGGGUGAGGUGUAUGAUGAUGCAGAGUUUGGGAGAAUUUCCUUAAGGCCUUGGCAGUUGUUUGUUGAUAAGGAUCACUUUAAGGAAGCCCUUAGAGACUAUUGCAUCCAAGAAGGUUUUAGUUUGGUAGUUAGGAAAUCUGAAAUUGACAGAUACACUGCUGAAUGUGCUGAUAUCAGAUGUAAUUGGAGGAUACAUGCUACUGUGCUCCAAGAUGGGUUUACUUGGGCCAUAAAGAGCAUAAAGCAUGGUCAUACAUGUGACCUGAAUAUGGUGAAUAAUCCAAUGUGUAAUUGCAAGUGGGCAGCCCAGAAGUUGUUGGAAGAUAUUAGGGCCAGCCCAGAUAUCAAAGGGAAAGCCCUUAAUCAAUUGCUCUGGGAGAGAUUUGGUAUUACAAUGGCUUGCUCAUCUCUGUACAAAAUGAGGAGUAUUGCUAUGGACCUCAUUCAGGGAGGGCAUGAUGAGUCCUAUCACAAGCUUAAUUUGUACUGCCAUUUGAUGGAGGAGAGAAACCCAGGGACAGUGGCAUUUUCACAGUUUGAAGGCUUGAUUGGUGGUUGUAGGGGCUUAGUUGGUGUUGAUGGUUUCCAUUUGAAGGGCAACUAUGGAGGAAUCCUUUUAUCAGCUGUGUCUUUAGAUGGGAAUAAUGAAAUCUUCCCAGUUGCUGUUGCUGUAGUAGACUCAGAGAACAAACAAAGUUGGUCUUGGUUCUUUCAUCACCCGAAGAACACUCUCACUGCCACAGGAAGGGUUGAUUGGACUAUAAUGUCAGAUAGGCAGAAGGGAAUUGACCCUGCUUUGGAUCAAGUGUGGCCAAAAGUACCUAGAAGAUACUGUGCCAGGCAUUUAUGCAAAAAUUUCAAGGCUGAUUACCCAGGCAUCCUGAUGCACAAACUGUUCUGGGGGGUGACUAAUGCCUACUCUGCCUUCAGCUUUAAAAAAGCUCUUCAAAAAGUUCAAACUACUGCUGGACUUGGAGCUGUGAAGUGGUUCAAGGAGGUGGGGCCCCUUGAGAGGUGGACAAGAUGGAGAUUUGACCCACAACUGUCUUCUGAUGAAAACACUAACAAUUUUGUUGAGAGUUUCAACAACACUAUUGGUGUUGAUAGGUGUUAUCCAAUCCUAACACUACUUGAAGGAAUUAGAAGAAUUGCUAUGGUUAGGCAUGCUUCAAGACAACAACUUGCUGAGCAAUGGAUAGAUGAGGGCAUCUGUCCUAACAUUAGAGAGAGGGUUAGGGCUUUGACAAAGGAGUCUAGGUUAUGCCAUGCAUAUCCUUCUAGGAGGGGAGAGUAUGAGGUGUCUGAUGGUAGAAGCAUGCUACCAGUUUCUUUGAACAGCUGGUCAUGUGUGUGUGGUAGAUGGCAAGUAAGUGGCAUUCCAUGUAGGCAUGGAAUUAGGGCCAUACUUGAUGCUGGGAAAGAUCCAACUGAUUUUGUCAGGGAGUGGUACUCUGUGGCUAGGUAUAAGUUGGCAUACAGUGGAAAUAUAUUGCCCAUUCCAUCCCCUGAGCAAUGGCCUGACAUGGAUGUCCCCAACUUGGUCCCACCUCCAAUGAAAAGAAGUGUGGGCAGACCUUCUAGAAAUAGGAGAAGAGAAGAGGGAGAGAAGAGAAAAGGGAAGAGGUCUGCUACUGUUCAGUGCAAGAAAUGCAAACAGCAUGGCCAUAAUGCUGCUACUUGCAAGGGUGGUUUGACUAAGAAGGAGAAACAGGCUCGGCAAGGCAAGACACCCAGCACUGCUACCAAAGGCAAGACACCCAGCACUGCUUCCAGAGGCAAGAGAACAACCCAGCAAACCAGUCAGAGUGAGAUGGAUUUCAACAUGAUUUAG